ACCACUUUUAUGUUAUCAUUUUACCCUGUUAAUCAACUUUUCUUAAAAAAUAAUAAUGAUAAUAAUAUAAUAUUCAAAUCAACUCCACCCUAGAAAAGUUGUACAAAUGCUGUCAGUUUAGAAACAGCCCAACUCAUCCGUGUUAAUAAAAACUAAACAAAGUGAAGCUUUGUCUUUCAGUUCAUUAGUCGCACAAAGUGGAGGAAUUUCCAUGAAUUUCCUUUGGGAAAAUGCCGUGGUCGAAAUUCCUAGAAUGUACAUAACAGGCUUUCAUACUUCCAUUCCCGCCUUGUUAUUUUUCAUUGCGUGUCAGUAGCAAAAGGGUAAGACAGUGGAAUGAGUCAGCUGAAUAAGUUUUUUUCUUUUUUUUAAUUAGAUAAUAUGUUCUGUGUGUCCAUAACCCCCCUGGUUUACCCAUGCAACAUUUCAGCAAUUGUGUUUUCGUUAGUUUUUGUCCUUUUUAUUUUUACAAAUUGUCCAACUCACACCAACUUCUUUGUGCUUCCAACCAGAUAUGGAUAUAGACCAAGGGUUCUACCGGCAUGUGGACGUCCCGGACCAUGUUCACUACAUCGUUGCCUUUUUUGUUUUGGUCAUCGGGGCGGUGGGAGUCACAGGGAAUGCCUUGGUCAUGUAUGCUUUUUCCUGCAACAAGAAACUGCGAACACCUCCAAACUUCUUCAUCAUGAACCUCGCUGUCAGUGACUUCCUCAUGGCAAUCACACAGUCGCCCAUCUUUUUUAUAAACUCUCUUUACAAAGGGUGGAUCUUUGGAGAAACAGGCUGUAAAAUGUAUGCCUUCUGUGGAGCUUUAUUUGGAAUUUCCUCAAUGAUCAACCUUUUGGCGAUCUCUAUAGACCGCUACAUUGUGAUAACCAAGCCUCUGCAGUCCAUAGCUUGGACCUCUGCAAGACGCACUUGCCUUAUUAUUGCUCUGGUCUGGUUGUAUUCCCUUUUCUGGAGCCUUGCGCCACUUUUGGGUUGGAGUUCAUAUAUCCCAGAAGGCUUGAUGACCUCAUGUACAUGGGACUACGUGACAGCUACUCCAUCAAAUAAAAGCUACACCUUGAUGUUGUGCUGCUUUGUGUUCUUCAUCCCUCUGGGCAUCAUUUCCUACUGUUACCUGUGCAUGUUCCUGGCCAUUCGCCAUACGAGCAGAGAUGUGACACAGUUGGGUUCUCAGGUGAGGAAGUCCACUCUGAUCCAACAGCAGUCUAUCAGGACUGAAUGGAAGCUGGCGAAGAUCGCCUUUGUGGUCAUCAUAGUGUUCGUGCUUUCCUGGUCUCCUUAUGCAUGCGUCACUCUCAUCGCCUGGGCUGGAUAUGCAAGCAUUCUCAAUCCCUAUUCCAAAGCAGUCCCCGCUGUUAUCGCAAAGGCAUCAGCUAUCUACAACCCUUUCAUCUACGCCAUUACGCACUCCAAAUACAGGGAAACGCUUGCAGAAAAGGUCCCGUGUUUGCACUUUCUGGCGCCCCCCCCUAAGAGGAACUGCAUAUCUAUGUCACACAGCAAGUCAUCUGUGAGGGACUCGAUGCUGAGUCGGCAGUCUUCAGUUUCUACAAAGAAAUUUCAAAGGGUUUCCUCGCUGUCAACUACAGAAACACAGGUUUGGAGUGACGUUGAACUGGAUCCUAUUGAACAAAUGGACAGUUUGAAGUCCAGUUAUUCCCUUGAAGCUCUGAGUGAAAAUGACUGUCAGUCACUGAAUACAGAAGCCACGGAAAAAGUAAGCUUGUAGAAGGCUCCAACAUUGGUUGAAGAGAUGUGACCACAGUACAACCCGGGAGUCUGUCAACAGAGCUAAACCAUUGCCUUGGGGAGGAAAAAUCUGUUGGACCAAAGUUAAAAAAGCAGAACUUGAAGAAGAUGAAAUGAAGAAACAGAGGCAUAAUCAUGAACAUAUCCUUUCAGACUUUUUGGACAAUCUAUGCAUUCGUUCCAAAAGUAAAAGCCGAUACAGUGUCACAGGAAACAUGCAGGAAGGAAAAAGCUGCAUUUGUUGGUGGGAAAAAAAAUCAUAAAUCUUUUGGGCAAAAAGUCUGUCAGUAAGACUAAAGCAAGAAUGACACUGACAGGUAUUUUUACAGGACAAACUACGCAAUUACCCAACCUUGUUUGCUUUGCACAAAUACUGAGUUACAAUGACAAUGUCGUUGGAUCCUCGCACUAUAAAUGAUGACAAUCCUAAACUCUUCAAAAUAAUGCUCACUAUAUAGUCAAAAAUAUAUUGUGUUUUGGGGAAAAAAUAUUGAAAAGGAGUUUAUUCAGCAGCAAAGGCGGCCAUAUUGGUUUAUUUUAUAACUAAAGUUGAGUGUCUGCACUUUUUCAUGUUGUAAAUUGAAUUCCUGUCUAUGAGGGUUUAAAGUGAUUGUACAAAUGUUUUACCCAUUGACUGUAUAAGAGGACUGUGACAUCAAAAAAAUGCCUUAUUUCCAGCUCCAGCAAAAUGAAUCCAGUUUCGCUGCCAUUUUAACGCAAUAUGGACGCCACAAUUUGGAGGCAGACGUCAAUCAUGAAAUCAUGAGGGAGCUAGUUGGAAGUCCACACCCCUUCUGCUGAAAUCAAUCAAACAUUUUGUACGUUUGGGGUGGGAACACCACAUGAGGUAUCUUAAUGGCCAAUUUAAAACUUGAAUAAUGUGACAAAUAUAUCAUGAAAAAAUUAGGAUUAGCAAAAAUGUGUUAAAAAAGUAUCAUGAAAUGAACGGUUAUGCUGUUUGUUUAUCAGUAGAAGUCUAUGGGAUUUUGGUUUCUUGAAGCCGCGAGGGGGGAGGGAUUGCUCAGUCCAGUUCUCUUAUACAGUCAACGGUUUGAUCUGUUAGUAUUUUGCCAACACAACACCAGAACACGGGCAUAUGAGGCACUAAAGUAACAUUUAGGUCAUAAACUUCAGAAUCCAAAGAUUUAGUGCACAAUUUAUCCAAAUGCAGACAAAAUGAAAACUAAAGGACGGAAUUUUAUCUAGCUUGGAUUUAAAUAAAAAAAACGAAUAUUUUUAUACACAUGGCACACUGUUACAAAACUCUAAUGUGCAUAUUAUCAUCUGGGAUGAUAAGCAGUACACUUUAGAAGUAUCGGCUCUUGCUGUCAGCAGUCUCAGGACCAGUAGUGAAGUACACAGCAGCAUUCACCAACAGUAUUUUUCUCUGUAUACUCAUUUACUGUGUUUGAAAACUUUUUUACACGCUUGUCAAAAAUGUUCACUAAUAAAUAACUUAUAAGCAUUAAACAAUGCAAAAGCACAUUCUUACUCUGUCUUUGACUAAGUUAUUUUUUUAAACUGAAAAGAGUUCCAAAAAAGCUAGAAUAGUAGUUACCACUUUUUUUAAGUUUCAUUUUUCAUCAUAACAACUCCAGUUCUGAAAAUACCAAGCAACAAAGUGUAUCGGGUUGUUAUUUUUUCUCUUUGUUGGAUUUUGUCCAAAAAGUCUCACAUAUAGUUAUAUAUAUUUUUUAGUUCCAGCAGGUCAAGAUCACAAACAAGCUAGUGCCAUACCACUUUUUCUUCAGCAGCGCCUUUACAAAAUGUGCAAAAUGUGGUUCUAAAUUGGGGAUUGAAAAGUAUUUUUUACCUUUUCCUGUGUCUUGGAUGUUGCUGAGUUGUCAAAGAAUGCCUUUGAGCCAGGUUAAAAAAAUGUCUGACAAAUUAAAUUCAAAUUUUGAAUUUAUAAACUGAUUCCUUAAAAAUGUUAUUUAUAUAGAAAAGCAAAUAUGCCAAUAACUUAAAGUACCAGUAUUUAUGGUUUUAAAUAUCAAAGUUUUGUGGAUCAACUACAAAUCCCCUGUCCUUCUGUUUUCUCUUUGAUGCAUGUCCUACAGCUGAGUAAUGUAUAUUUAUCUAUAACCCUUUAAAUACAAAUCCUAAAGCUCAUUCCACCUUAUAACUCCAAAAAAUGUUUUACUAUUUUUUUUUAACUACCAAUUCAUCCCAGUGAUAGUUCCAACUCUUAAAAGUUCUUAUUUUUUUCUAAUAAAUAUAAAGUUUAUACAUUUUG